AUGGAGCGUGGAAAACUACCUUCGUCUGGACGGGGUGGAAAGAGUAAAGCACCACAACAUCCCCAAGACAUCUUUGCUCUUGGCAGCAAGUCUACUGUGCCUGUAUCGAGAGAUAGUGAAAAGAGAAACAUUCAUAAACCGUCAUCUAGUGGUGUAGAACGCAAGAGAGAGCCCUCCAGCUUUGGCACCCAGCCUGCUGCCAAGAGAGCCAGGAUUGGUUCCCCUGCAGAGGCAGUAGGAGGUACUUCUCUUGACAUUGAGCCUGUUGAUCUAGUGCCCAAUGUUCUACAAGCUUUAGAUACACUUAAUUCAGAUAAAUUGCUAGGACUUUUGACUGGCUCUAUACGCCUUCUCAAAUCACAACGUGCCAAACCAGAUCCCAUACUAUGUAUGAGUCUUCUCUACCUUACGAAGAUUCGGCCAAACAUGUUUGCCCAUGAGACUGUUACUCAAACUCUCUGCACAUUGUUGAAACGGGAACAGGGAGCUGCAUUCAAGAAUAAAGGAAACCCGUUAGUAUUUGUAUUGGCAUGUAACAUGUUAUAUGCUGGGCACAGAGAGAGUAACAACUGGCCAGAUAUAUUUAUUAAGGUUUACAUAGAAGAUGCGCUAAAUGAACGUUGUUGGGUAGAAUGUUCGUGGUGCAAAAGUUUUGUUGAGAAUGUGGUAACAGCGUUCAGCACUAAGCAACCGCCAGCACAUCUCAUACCCACUGAUAAUACUCUCGGUACAAUGUCACCCUCAGGAUCUGGAUCUCCGCUCAUGGGCAGUACAGAAGAGGAUACUCCUGAUAAUACUGACCUUGAAUAUUCAGUCUUCCCAAGGUACUCAAGCAGCUACGAAGCUGUGGAAGCUCUAGUGCUGGAAGCUAUAAAAGAGCAGAUACAGCGACGGUCAGCUGCACCUGAUGCCAUUGGCAAGGGAUUCUUGAAGCUUUUAUCUGCCACAUGCGGUUUCCCUGAGAUUCGAAUGAUAUCCGCCUCCCGACUCGAAGCUUGGCUACACUCUGGAAAGUUAUGGCGGUGUGCCCAGGAGCUUCUAGCCUAUGUGUGUUGCAAUUGUGAUGCGUGUGGCCCCACUGCAGCUAGAGACCACGAGGUUUUGGCGCAGUUGGCCAGGAUGAGGCUGAAGACCAAACCCCUACAGGCUGCCUACCAGGCCUGCCUUAGGGAAAUGGUGGCCGAUAGUCCAGCACUUUUGCGCAGUGUGGUAACUCACACGAUAUACAACGAACUGUCCAAUGUUAGAUCACCGAACAAUAUGGCGGUGCUCGCGGCGCUCAUACAGGCCCAGCCGCAGCUAGUGCCGGCUGCUAUGGCUGAUACAUACCAGGAGUUGGUGCUCCGGCCGGAGGACUACCUGCGGCCGCUGCGGGCGCUGACCCGCGAGGUGGUGCGCGCGGCGCGGGCCGAGGCGCAGGCGCUGCUGCACCUGGCGCGUGCGCUCGCGCAGCCGCCGCCGCACGAACCCGCGUCUGAAGUCCGAGAUAGAGCCUUUUCCUCCCUAGCGGACCUGUUCUGCGUAUGUUGCCUGGUGACCGCCUCCCACAGCAAACACCUGCCCGAGUACAGGCAGCAAGUGUGCGUUAUCCAGACUUCAGCUCUGGGCUGGCUCCUGGACACCGCCAUGCCUCUCUACAGACCUUCCCGACAUGAUUAUCAGCAUGCUUUGAACAAGAUAAUGUUCGUGGAGCCAGCGGAGACGUACAGCAAAGUGGACAAUUGGCCGCCGGAGUCCGAACGCGCGGCCACUUACCGCCUCUGUUGUGAAGCACCUCUACCGCAGAAUACUCUACUUAGAGUCAUAUUUAUUGGGUUAUCUAAGGAUAUUCCAGUAGCCCCUGCCGAGGUGUUCGAGCUAGUGGAGCAGCUGGUAAGACGCGCGUGCGCACUCUCCGCAGACGACAACCCUCUACAAGUAGACAAACUGGAAAUUGUUGAUUAUAUCUUCCAAUUGUGUCAAUUUAACCCACCAGACAAUAUAACCCUGCCAGCUGGAUAUACUCCUCCUCCCCUGGUCAUAACGUCCUUGUACUGGCGCGCCUGGAUGAUGCUGACGAUGCUGGCGGCCCACAACCCGGAACAGUUCGCGGAGCGAGCAGCCUCCACCUACCCAACGCUCAGAGCGCUCAUAGAGACUUGUAUCACAAAUAAACCGAGCAUAGAGUGGAACACCAGCACGGUCGCAGAAGCUGAACGCGCAGAACUUGAGCGGGCGGCCAUCUUGCAGCUGGAGACGCACUUAGCAGCUGCCAGUAACGCUAAAUUGCCCGUUACUGAGCACACCUCGAGGCUGCUCAGUCAGUUAACGACUUUGGAACCUUUAGGACCGGCUCGGAAGCCUCCCCAACACAUCAUCGACACCCACCUAGCGAUGUCGACACAGAUGCGCCUGGGCAAGCUGCUGUGUCGCCAACCUGCGCUUCUCCUGGAUUUAGUAGAACGGCACGGCACUCGACGCGCUAUGCCCUGGCUUCAUCAGCUUCUUAGACACGAUCAACUUGAACUCAGCGUCCUGCCGGUGCAGUGCCUGUGCGAGUUCCUGUCGGCGGGCGGGGCGGGCGGGUCCGGGGGCGAGGUGGGCAAGGCGGGCGAGCUGAGCGCGCACCUGCGGCGCACCGUGCGCGAGUCGGAGGAGGGCGCGCGCGCCGUGCUGCACUACUACAUGCAGCGCCUCGCGCACACGCACGCGCCCACGCGCGCCAGCGCCAACCGGGGUCUCAAACUAGUACUCUCGCUGUCGACCGACGACGCCGGUGAAAUGGACUACAACACCGAAGUCAGCCCUGAAUCAUGGCUGGACUUAAUGUGGUCGCUGCAGCACUGGCCCUCCGUUCGGACGGAGGUGGUGGCGAGGGUCCGCGCGGCUUGCCUGGUGGAGUGCGUGCCUCGCCACGUAGCCGCCUACCUGCACUUCCUGGCGCGUUGCGUGCUGGAUGCGCCGAGAGCUGACCACACUGACCUGGCGCUGGACCUAAGUCAAGUGCUCAUGGAACGCUCUACGGUGAUGAACAGCGUCCUGGGCAGCGGUGACCGCCUGGAACAGAUCGAGCUCACAGAAGUUCAGAAGGCACAGCAUAAAGCCCUUCACUCACUCACUCAGAUACUUUACACACACUUGCAGAGGAUUCGAGCCAACAACGCAGUCCCCACCGAGAACGUGUUUGGCGAGAGAGUGAUGCUGCACUGGCCCAGCGGGAGAUCCUGUAUCAUACAUCUCAUCUUAGCGCACGCUUAUCUGAAGCUAUUGUGUUGGGGACCUUCUAUAUAUGACACAAACCAAGAGAUGUACUCCUGGCUCCAAUCAGUAUGGGUGGGUAACGAUGCCCCCCAGGCCUUCAACCUGGAAACUGAGGAGGAAGCCCUCCUGUUACCUGACUGGUUGCGGUUGCACAUGGUGCGGUCGGCCCGGCCGGCGCUGCUGGAAGCCGGCAUGAGAGCCCUGCCGGCUCAUAAGCUGGCUCUUUUUAUUCAGACAUUUGGUAUGCCGCCAGCCUCCAUGAGCGCGCUGCUGGGCGCGCUGGACGCGUGCCCGGCGGGCGCGGUGGUGCGGCUGGGCGUGGAGCGCAACUACAUGGCGCAGCUGCUGCGCGUGCAGCGCGCGCGCGGCGCCUCGGCCGGACACGCCUUCGCCGCCGCGCUGCGGCUGCAGCCGCCCCACUACCCUCCAGACGAUAAUUUAUUCGCGGAGAAAGAGAAACCCACCGAGGAAGAUGACUACUGGGAGAGUGCUCCAACACCUUUACCGCUGCAGGUGGACUUGGUACCUGUACUGCUGUCCACGGCCCUGGCAGGAUCCAAUACCUACCAGGGCGAUGUAGACAGGGCUUUAGUACAACUUAUUGCUCUAGUGACGUCAUCCCGCACCCGUGGUGAUACGAGCCACCUUCAGAGCUGCGUCUCCUGGCUGCAGCAGCUUGCGGCAUCAGGUGGCGGUUCCAUCCUUCUGCAGCACAAAGCCCGCUCGGCCACCUUACUGAGAUCCCUGCUGCCGUAUAAAGGACCGCAAGUGUCCUCAAUAGCUGACGCUCUCCUCGUACAGUGCAAAAUGAUGACGGGCCCCGUUGUGGAAACGCUCCAAGCGUUGUCAAAUAUUGAAGUGGUCAAGCGCGAGCAGCCCACACCAGUGGUCCCACAAACUGCUGACAAACAUCAAUUAAUUUCUGCUUUGGAGUCAACUACACCAGGCACCUUGGAGGCUAUAGGAAACCGCAUUAUUGCGACACAGGACACCAGGGUAAUAGUAGAUGUGAUCACUCACAUACUAGAGAAGAACCAAGAGGGAGUCUACGAGUCGAAGGUGAAAGAAGAAGAUGGUAGUUAUGCCCCGGUACACGUGUUCUCACGCCGGGGGCUGGGCUGCGGGUUACUACUGGAUUGGAUGUCGGAACUACAGCCUGAGGACUUGGGCCCCAGUGAUCAGCGACAGAGACAGAUGCGUCUGAUGUUCAUGUCGGGGUGCGCGGCGUGGCGGCCGCUGCUGGUGACGCUGCUGGCGCACCGCGCCUCGUGGCGCACGCUGCACCACUGCCUCACCACGCUGCUGCAGCCGCACCACGACAGCAACUGGUCAGCGAGUGCGGUCCUGGAUUUCGCCCAAACGUUAGUGGACAGCCCGCGUCUGUGGCAAGGCCGGGACAAGACUACACCAAAGCACUAUGUUCCUGAUGACACACUGCGUCUCAGCCAUCAGCAGCUGUCGACCCUGGUGCGGUACGUGAGCUCGGAGGCGCACGAGGCCCAGCGCGGCGGCGGGCUGGAGGCGGCGCGGCGCUGCGCCGACCGGCGCCUGGCGCUGCUGCUGCGCUGCUCGCCGCAGCCCCACCAGCUGCUGGCCCUCGCCGCCGCCGCCGAGCACCACCACCCGCUCCUGCUGCUGCUGCUCUACAUGAAGAUACCAAAGAUCCUGCCUCUUCUUCUGCAAAGCGGCCAACGUCACCGACACGACAGUCCACUCCCAUUACAGGAAGAUUUAAAGCAUGCAGCAUCCCGCAGUACCAGCGCCACAGAUCCAGUGUCACAUUCUUUACUGAUAGCUAUCGCAGCUGCCCCGCAGUAUCCACAGAACAAGGACCAAUCUCACAACAAACAAGAGAUUAAAGAACAACGAGAACUACUCACGACAAGAGUGUGGCGCAUGGAAGCAGAUCUCCGGGGAGUGUGGGGCCGAGUGUCGGGCUCUGGCACUCGCGCGCUGGGCCUGGCCGCAGCCCUACUGAGGGGUGCUACGCCCCCCGCCACCAAGCACCAGACGCACCUGCUCGCAGCCAUCGAGGUGUUGCCGGAUCAUGAGCUGUUUGCCAAUGAGACCAUGACGGAGAUCCACAGCAUCCUGGAGUGCCUGCUGAGCAGCGCGCGGGGCGAGGUCGGGGCGGGGUGCUCGCUGCACCGCGUGGGCGCGCUGCUGCGGCGCUACCUGGCCACGCGCCCGCAGCCCGCCGCCGCGCUGCUGCACGCGCACAGGGACACCAUUGCGUCGAUCCCAGCGCUGAGCUCGCUGCAGUCGGGCGAGGUGAGCGCGCCCGCGUCGGCCGCCCCCCCGCCGCACCCGCUGCUGGUGCUGCAGCGCAGGACCGAGUCGCCUGAAAACUUGCACUAUAUGCUGCAGGAGAUCGAGUCGUGGGGCAGUCGGCGCGGCGGCGCGUGGGGGGGCCGCGCGGCUGCGGACGCGCUGGUGCGCGCCGUGGGCCCGCUGUGCGCCUCGCCGCACGCGCCGCUCCGCACCUCGGCGCUGGCGCUCCUCGCCAAGCUGCUGCCUGCCGUGCCUCACACCCGCCCCGGUCUACAAGCCGUCUUAGAAUGUCUAGACUCCAACCUGCCCGAGGUCACCCAGUCCGUUCUCGACAAGUUGCCCGACCUGAUCAUCGGAAUGCAGGAGCACGCGGCCAAGAUCCUGAUGAAGGUCUUCGAGCUCGGCAUGAAGUCUCGUCACCCGGUGGAAUCGUGCAUAGCUAAAUGCGUCACUAUGAUUAACUUACAUCGAGGAUGCUAA